AGGAACCGAGAAGAAACUGGUGGAAAAUCUGCGGCUGAAAGCGCUGCAUUCGUUCGCCGAGAAUUCCAGCUCGUCUUUCUGCGUUAUCGGUUGCGAAAUAGAUUACAAUCAAAAAAUCGAACCUUCCAAAGCUGGUAAACCCGGUCCUACGUGAAACAAAGGACAGCAGCAAUAGACGGACAGCUUAAGUCACCAGAAUGCAAACGAUAAAAUGCGUGGUCGUUGGAGAUGGAGCCGUCGGUAAGACGUGCCUCCUCAUUUCCUACACGACAAACAAAUUCCCGUCCGAGUACGUUCCGACAGUGUUCGACAACUAUGCCGUGACGGUCAUGAUCGGUGGAGAACCCUACACGCUUGGUCUGUUUGAUACCGCUGGUCAGGAAGAUUACGAUCGGCUGCGACCUCUAUCGUACCCACAGACCGAUGUGUUUUUAGUCUGUUUUUCUGUCGUUAGUCCUAGUUCAUUUGAGAACGUCAAAGAAAAGUGGGUACCAGAGAUAACUCAUCAUUGUCAGAAAACGCCAUUCCUGUUAGUUGGCACACAGAUCGAUUUGCGCGACGAAAACAGCACGCUUGAGAAGCUAGCUAAAAACAAGCAAAAACCUAUCACUCUCGAGCAGGGCGAAAAGUUGGCCAAGGAGCUGAAGGCAGUGAAAUAUGUUGAAUGUUCGGCGUUGACUCAGAAAGGAUUAAAGAACGUGUUCGACGAGGCAAUUCUGGCAGCUCUCGAACCUCCGGAGCCAACGAAAAAGAGGAAGUGUCGAUUUUUGUAAAAACCAACAUACCAGCUUUCCGGGGACAUUGGAAACAUGCAGCACAUAAGACGAUGGUUGUGUCUAACAAACACACACACACACACAAAUCAUCAUCAUCACUAUCAUCAUCAUCAUUAUGGGAUUUUUUUUCUCGUUUUGCACUCUUAUCGCGUCGUGAGUCAUAAGGGAUGCAGCCGUGAAAUUUUAGAAACAGAAAAUAACGGCAGCGCACCGGCAAAGCGUUACCUAUUUCUUUCCUUAACUAUCUUCUCUAUUAACUUAGAUUGUUUGUUACUACAACUGGAAAAGGGAUAGUGUCGCAUUCUUAGAAAGGUAAACUCCCCACAAAUUCCCGCAAACGUUUUGUUGUUUGCGUAUAAUCACAUAACGACGUAGUUCCAAAAAAAACCCAUGAAAAUAACAAACAUACAAACACCUCAGAGACGAAGAUAUAUUAUAUGAAACAAUUAUGUUUGCAGUGAAAAAAGUACACGUAAACAUAGUUGAAAGCUACCCAAACAUAAUACGCAUGGAUUACAGAAAGUCCAAGAAGCAAUGUAUUGAUGAAUCGCUCGUUUGGCGGUAUAAUCAAUAACCUAAACGACAAUUUUCCUAGACAACCACACAAGGAACAGCGUAUGUUAUGACGCUGGGAUGUUUUCCGGAAUCAAGAAACAAGACUAAGACACGGUUUUUGCGUUUUGUGCCGCAGGCAUACUGUAGCUAUGUUUGAGAUUGAUAAAAAGGCCAACAAAACCUAUACGAUAGGAGGAAGACAAAGAAAGAGAAGAACAAAAAUUAUACAUAGAAAACGGUUUAAGAAGCGCAUAACUAUUAAGUAAACUACUGAACACAAAUGCUGACGGUGCAAAGAAAACAAGUAAACUAACAUACUAACACAAGAAACAUAGGAAGCCCGAAACCCGACAAACUUUGGUUUUGCAUAUGGGGCCUUUACAAUUCGGACGUCUGUCGUUUGUCACUUUUUUGGAGAAAGUCCGAUCGUAAACAGGGACAUUCAUAGACGCGAUCGGUGGCAAAGGAUGAUGAUUUCCUUAGCAAACCAUUUGUACCGCCUUUUUACAAUAUGAUGAUGCAGAUGUUUUUUGGUAUACAGAAAAGAACAGAAUUAGUGACUUCGAUCAGCGGGAACACCCAAAAAUGACUCCUCCAGUGGGAGUGCAUUGCUCUCCUUUAUGCAACAACUAUACACCGGGACCGUAUGACAAGCCGUUCGUGCAAUCAAACCAGUUGCAAAUCGAAAAAGGAAACUCAACUACGUAACUGUGCAUUGCAAUCAUCGCAGUUGUUGUUAGAGACAGGGAGCUCACAGCAGCAGCAGUACUUCCCAUAUCUCGCCCGUUUAAAGUUAUAUACAUACAUACAGUACAUAUGCGUCUCGGGAUGUUAAGCAUGCCUGUAUCGCUUUAACCCAGUUUUGUAUUAAGGAACUGACCAUAAUGGCUGCGACGCAAUGGUUUCCAACUCACCCUAGCUGCGCAAACCCGAAGUUUGUACACAUCGUGUGAUGGUUGAAAAUUGAUUGGAAAUAUUGUGAAUUGAAUUUCUUGCUAGUUUUCUCGGUACCUAGGCUAGCUUCCUUUUUAUACUAGGCUAGUUCUUUUUCGUCUUACUGCACUAUCGUUGUAUCCGGUAGCCUGGAGUGAGUUUUGCUUGAAAGCAAACAUUUAUAUUGUGUAAGAAAUGAGUAAUGGCAGUAUAAGCAAGUGUUAUUAAAAUUUACUUUCUAUUUUACUUUUGGAUCCACAAAAUGGUCGAUUUGGAACAUACAGGCGCCACCCAUUUUAGCGAAUUUGAGGGCCAGAAUACGCAACCUUAACUUUCUUUAAUGCAUAUGUAUAUUAAUCCUGAGGUUAUAACUUCUAUCCGAUAUCCACAGUGUGUGUGGUACCUAGAUCGUAUGGUACACUGUCGGCUAGUAACGUUUUGUUUAAUUGAAUCAACGUAUCUUUAUGCAAGUAAAAAAGCAAGAAACUGUAGCUCUCAUUAGGGGGCGAUAAUGUAAGAAUAGAGUGCAUGAAUGUAUUAGGCCAAAAUAAGGAAUGAGAAGAUCGUGUUAAACUGUGGUCAAUUUUUUGCGAAUUAUGGUACUACCGCAAAAACUUGAGAAGCUUAGCGAAGUGGGUUUUGCGCCAUCUGAUGUGUAAGGCGAUUUCAGUGAGAUUGUUAUAUGCCGCUCCCGUCUUCAACACAUUGUUAGGAAAAGGCGCAACAUAACUCCUAAACAUGGUCCGUCACCAACAUCAUCUUCCUAUUCGUUGCGUCAAGAGAAAGGCUAGGGUAUAGUUUUGUAUUACCCGAUCAAAUAAAAAUGUUCAAGCGAACGUGUCGCAAUGAUUGAUAUGUCGCAGGUCUAAGUCAAUAGUGGAGCUAAAUGUUUCUUUGUUUUCCUGCACAACAUGAGUUUGUUAGUCAAACGAUUCGGAUCGUGAAAUACCGAUAGGCCAAAUCUGCAAAGAUACACCUACGCGCAGAGUAGGUCCGCUAGCGUUCUUGGUUCUCGCAGACAAGAGUUCGUUGUCCAACUGCUUCUGCAAUGUUUUGUUAACGUAUUCUAUAGCGUUGGGCAAGAGAUUGAAAUGAAAUCGCUAAUCAACUGGAGCACUUUGCUCUGAUGAAUAGAAUGUUCAUUCGUGGGCCAAGUCGCAUUUUGGGUUAAAACUAACCUCGGCGGUACUUUGACUAGAAACUUAACGAUUUCACAAACGCUUACCAUUCAAGCGCUGCUGGCACUGGUUAAGGCCUUCUUUUUAUACCAUUAUUUCCCUUAUUUAAACAUUGUGUUCGAUAACAAGCAUGUUUCGAGAAAAAGCGGAAUAAUUAUAUUUAACGGAAAAUAAACAUUAAUAUAAAAUGAAAAAAAACAUUUUUAUA